GGCAGAAUAAAAAGGAAAUUGUGGAUAAUGUGGUAGAAAAUGUACUAAAGUGAUCCCAAGCAAUCGCCAACUUGCGUAAUUUUGCACACAUGUCCAUCAUCAAGUGCAUUCACAGCAGCAUAGAAAGCACGUCAGAAGGGCACUUGCGUAAAGCGAGCGCAGGAUUUCUACGUAAGGUCUUGUACAACAAAUGUGCACAACUCCACACGCUCCUGGAGGUACGUGCGCCUGUGUUCUCGUGUGUUCCCUUAUUUUGUCAUUAACAGAGCGAUUGCUUAACACUUGUGUAACUUUAAUGAAUGGCUUGACUUUUGACUCAAAUAUCCUACUGGGACACAUUUUGAGUUACUCAACCCACGCGAGGUAUUGUCAGAAGAGCCCUUCUAGCAGAGAAAGCAUAAUAGCAGAGAAAACGGUUCGCACGGUUUGUCCUUGGUUUUUGAACACCAGUCACUUCAAGGUAAAUGUUUGAGGUGUAAGUGUAGUGUCAGGUCUUAUAAGAUCUAGGUAACCAGUGUCCAGUGAGUAUGUUUUAUUAUUCUAACGGUAGGCAGCGGCAGGGCAUUGGCCAGUUUCAUGCAUCGAAUUAGGCAACAAUACUUCUGCAUUGUUCAAAGCAUACCGCUAGAGGGCACCAUAGCUCCUCGGAAUUGGUAGCACUACCUACCUCUUCUUUAUCCUGAUAUGAUAGGUUUAUAGUAGUACAUAAAACGAUUAAUAGUUACCAAAUGACAAUGAUAAACGAAUAGAUUGGUCCUGUCUUGCAUGAAUAGAUUGGUCCUGUCCAUGUCUGUCCUGAGUCCUCUUAAUGACCAUGUAUGUCUGGCUUUGCAUGGGAUAGAUUUUCUCAACUGAGAUGGGUCCAGUAUAGUAGGCCCAUGACACUGUGUUAUGUAGCCUAAUAUAAGUAUACAAAAUGAACGUGCAAAAAGUUGAAUAUGUACCAAACUGUGAAAUAUCAGGUUGAAGUACAGGACAAUGGCGGAGCAGGUGUCCAUCCCAGUGGAGGAGGUGGUGGUGGCGGUGGAGGAGGAGGAGGCCUUCAUCACCAACCUGGACAUCUUCCUCCUCUCCCUGCUGGUUGGCGUGCUCACCUACUGGUUCCUCAGCCGCAAGAAGCCGCCCCCUCAGGAGCUCCCUACCAUGAGGAUCAUCCCCUCUGUGGUAACACCCAUGAGGGAAACCAGCUUCAUCGAGAAGAUGAAGAAAACAAGCCGUAACAUCGUGGUGUUCUAUGGCUCUCAGACGGGUACCGCAGAGGCCUUCGCCACUCGGCUGGCUAAGGACGCCCAGAGAUACGGCCUGAAGGGAAUGCCCGCCGACCCAGAGGAGUACGAUAUGUCAGAGCUGCCGCGGCUGACGGAGAUUGAGAACUCUCUGGCCGUUUUCUGCAUGGCCACGUAUGGGGAGGGAGACCCCACGGAUAACGCCCAGGACUUCUUCGACUGGCUGCAGGCCGCAGACGACAGCAUGCAGGGAGUCAAUUACGCCGUGUUUGGCCUGGGCAAUAAGACGUAUGAGCACUUCAAUGCCAUGGGGAAGUAUGUGGACCGCAGACUUGCAGAGCUUGGAGGCAAGCGAGUGUUUGACCUGGGCGUCGGGGACGAUGAUGGCAACCUGGAGGAGGACUUCAUGUCCUGGAGGGAGCUGUUCUGGCCGGCUGUGUGUGAGCUGCUAGGAGUGGACGCCACCGGAGAGGACUGCUGCGUGCGUCAGUUUGAGCUGGUGAGCCACACGGACAUCAACAUGAACCUGGUCUUCACCGGAGAGAUGUCCCGCCUCCGCAGCUACCAGAACCAGAGAUCGCCCUUUGAUGCCAAGAACCCUUUCCUGGCCACUCUUACUGCCAACCGCAAGUUAAAUAAGGGCGGCUCACGCCAUCUGAUGCAUCUAGAGCUGGAUAUUUCAGGAUCCAAACUCAGGUAUGAUGCUGGGGACCACGUGGCCAUCUAUCCCACCAAUGAUGCUGCCCUGGUGGACAGACUGGGGGAAGUGCUGGGGGUGGACCUGGAUGCCCUCUUCUCCCUCAAUAACCUGGAUGAGGAGUCCAAUAAGCGUCACCCCUUCCCGUGCCCCACCUCCUACCGCACGGCGCUCAGCCACUACCUGGACGUCACCAGCCCCCCGCGCACCAACGUCCUGUACGAGCUGGCCCAGUACGCAGCCGACCCCCAGGACCAGGACAUGAUGAGGAAGAUGGCCUCCGUCACACCCGAGGGCAAGGCGUUGUACCAGAGCUGGGUGCUGGAGCCCCAGAGGCACAUCCUUGCCAUGCUGGAGGACAUCCGCACGCUGAGGCCCCCUGUGGACCACUUGUGUGAACUGCUGCCAAGGUUACAGCCACGGUACUACUCCAUCGCCUCUUCUGGCAAGGUCCACCCGACGUCGGUGCACGUCUGCUGCGUGGUGGUGGAGUACACAACCUCAACGGGGCGCACCAACAAGGGCGUGGCCACCACCUGGCUCCGGAACAAGAUGGCCGACGGCACCGACAACGGCCACCCCGAAGCGGCGCUGGUGCCCCUCUACGUGCGCAAGUCCCAGUUCCGCCUGCCCUUCAAGCCCAGCACGCCCAUCGUCAUGAUCGGGCCGGGCACGGGCAUCGCUCCCUUCAUGGGCUUCCUGCAGGAGCGCGUCUGGCAGAAGGAGCAAGGUAAAGACGUAGGUGAGACGGUGUUGUAUUACGGCUGUCGCCAUAGAGACGAGGACUUCCUGUACCAGGAGGAGCUGGAGGAGCUGGAGAGGGGGGGCGUCCUGACACAGCUGAACGUGGCCUUCUCCAGAGACCAAGAACACAAGGUCUACGUCCAGCAUCUGAUGAAGAAGAACAAAGAGCACCUGUGGAAGCUGAUCCACACACAGAAUGCACACCUCUAUGUCUGUGGGGAUGCCCGUAACAUGGCGCGCGACGUGCAGAGUGCACUGCACCAGGCGGCUGAGGAGGUGGGUGGCCUGACGCACACACAGGCCGUCGACUACUUCAAGCGCCUCAUGACGAAAGGACGCUAUUCACAAGACGUGUGGAGCUGAGGGCUGAGGGCUGAGGACAACACCACCCACCACCACCCUCCCAAACGUUUCUGGAAUGGCCUGGGUGCCUAGUACUGAUGCUUUUUCAUGUCGUGUCCAACUAUGGAUGAGCUACCUAGGGUGGCCAACUUUGACAGACCUGGACAUUUCAACAACCCAGUCGACCCUUUCUCUUGUAAGCAAUGACACUCUUCAUUUAGAGUCCAGGGAAAUACAGUAUAUAUACACACCACUCAUUGGUGCCAUGGGUUGUCUGCUAUCCACAACCCGACUUAAACUGCUUAUAAUUCACCCUCUGGAAACUUUUUUAUCAUCAUUAUAUACCCUACCUCACGUUACAGGUACAAAAGAUACAGGAAAAACAGUAUGCUGUAUAUCGUUCAUCAAAGUUUACCAUCACCCUCAUUACCACUCUCAACAAAAUGAUCUGUUGUUUAUUAUGGAAAUCACAAGAACUACUAUAGUGGUUUCUGGUUACCAUCUUACUCAUCGGCAAACAUAGGACAACUGAUUUCCACAUGGUUGACCCUAUCCUUAUCGGCAGUCACUGGCUCUUUCAGGAGGCUGGUGCUGAAAUGUGUUAAUGCGCCAUGAGCAAGUGGCUUGCAUCGUUGCGUGAGUGGCUUGCAUCGAGUAUCGUUGUUAGAGGUCUCUCUGUGACUGUAAUGAAACACACACACCCCCACAUCCUGUUGCUGUGGUCAUACACGCUUUCAACACAGCAUCAUCGUCCUCGCUCAUCCCCCUGCAGUCAGUUCCGUAACCAACCUCACAUAACCUCAUAGUGGAACCAAGUGUUUCCUCCUGGUGUAUUAAUAAGUAAACUCUUGGCCAACAGUACUUCCAUUCUGCACUCUCCUACUCAGCACUACUUCCCCAUAUGGAGGACUGUGUUUCCCUAUAUCAGAUGGCAGUGGUGUGGAUCGGCACUGCCCUCACGAUCCGAUUCGAUCACGAUUCGGGAGGUAGCGAUUCGAUUCGAUUCUAUGCGAUCCGAUCCGAUGCAAUUCUACAAUGCAUUGCAAUUACAAUACAUUUCUACUGAAAGCAAAGCAAAUGUUUAAUCAGUCAUGAUGAGGCAAUACAAGUAGUCAGAUACUGAGUAACAAUUUAUUGGCAGUUUUCUGUAUCAGUCUGUAUCAGUCUUGCAAUGUUUUGAAGUGCUUUUAUUUUUUAUUUAACAUUCAUUUGCUCCCGAAAUACGAUGGAAGUAAUUGAAACUUUAAAAAAUUGCCGGAUCGAUUCUGGAUCGUCCAUGCCCCACAUUGGAUUGCAUCGCCGAAUCGAUCAUUGUUGACACCACUAUCAGAUGGCACCUGUUUCUAUGGUAAAUAUGAAAGGGAACGGCGUUUGUUUUCACUUUGUGGUGUUUUUUGUUUUGACUGCCAUCACAUUUUCAUGGGUGCCACCAGAGCAGAGAGACUGGGAAAUUUGCAACAGAUGUGAUGUGUGCCUUAAAUGUUUUAUUUCAAGUGUACGACACAAAAAA